AUGGAUAUCUCUAGAUAUGCAGCAAAGGCAGAAAGCUAUGAAAGAUUAUCCACUUUCCAAAUAUCUCAGUUUUUCAAACGCCAUGUAUUUAACACAAGGGAGGACUGCGACCGCCUUGCAGCCAAUAUUUUGAACGGUCUCGUCUCCCCUACACCAGUACAGGGUGCGACCAGUUAUACCGUGGCAGCAGCCGGUUCGAGGAAAGUGGUCCAAUUUCGGUCUUCAAAGCUGGACAUGGAAUGCAUUGAGAAUGCACGGCUAUCCUAUAGAGGUUUCGUCCCCAACUGCGAGUUGUAUGGCACGGCAGGAGAUAUCUAUGUCUAUGUGUGGGAUCUCGUCCCGGGGCCUGCUUUUUGUCAAGUCCGACGCCAGUUUCUUUCUCUUGGCAUUGGGAUGGAACAGCGUUUGCAUCAAACAGUACUUGAUUUUGCAAGGUUCUUCGCUUCAGCGUGGAACAACAGACCAGCCGUUAAGCAGCCUACUGGCAUACUCAAAGAGUACCGAGAGAUCCUUGACCAGCUUUCCUUAAGCCUGCCUAAUCGACUACAGCUGAAGCUAGACCAGGUCCGUCAAGGACUUCCACUUCUCUUCCGGCCUGGCUAUCCCAUGGCUCUCCAGCAUGACGACCUACUAGAGAAUAAUAUCCAUAUAGACGAAGUAACUGGUCACAUUACAGGCAUUGUCGACUGGGCGGAUGCUAUUGUGGCCCCAUUUGGUGUUUCUCUCGGCGGUCUCGAGACCAUAAUUGGAGUCCAGACUGCAAGCAGUUGGCACUUCCAUCCUAGUCAUGUUAGUCUCCGGCAGCAUUUCUGGGAUAUGUUCUACAGGGAGAUUGGAGAUAUCUCAGAAGAAGAUCAGCGUUCAAUCGAAAUUGCAAGGCUGUUUGGAUUGUUCCGGACACACGGCUUUGAAGGAGAAAAGGCAGCUGCGUAUCUUGGGGCGUUAUGUCUGCUUUAG